CCCAAUACAGUUGAUAUAUAUAGGAUUUGAAUUUUUGAAUGGUGGUGGCAAUUUGCAGGUGUUGCAUCACUUCUGGGGAAGAGAUCUAUGUCAUUUUCAGCCAUUGAAGUAUGUGAUCAUGAAACCAAUGGGGUUGAAGAUGACUUAUCUGAUGAUGGGUCACAAGCUGGCGAGAAAAAGAGGAGACUGAACUUGGAACAAGUGAAAACACUUGAGAAGAACUUUGAGUUGGGAAACAAGCUUGAAUCUGAGAGGAAAAUGCAGCUGGCAAGGGCUCUUGGGCUGCAACCAAGACAAAUAGCUAUAUGGUUUCAGAAUAGGAGGGCUAGGUGGAAGACAAAGCAGUUAGAGAAAAACUAUGAUGUUCUUAAGAGACAGUUUGAUGCUAUCAAGGCUGAAAAUGAUGCUCUCCAAUCUCAGAACCAGAAACUUCAAGCUGGGAGAGCAGAGUGGAUCAAGUAUCUAGGAGUUUUUGCUAACAUGGAAACCAGAGCAAAUCAAGUCUAUGAUGCUAUUUUCCCUCUGCUGCUCUCCAGCCCUGUUCUUCUUCUUCCAUACCCUCGCUCCCAAAACUGCUGCUCUCCAGCUUUACAUUCCACCAAUCUGUUGCCUUGCUCAUCAGAAAUGUUGAGAAUUUUGUUACUCAUCAUAUGAGAAGCCACUUUCUUAUGAAAAAGCUUAGUAAUACUGUCACCUGAAGCAAGCCGCUGCACUCUUGAUCUCUAUCGUUUAAAAUUUUCUUUAGCAGUAGGCAAAUCAAUGUAAUUUGCCAAACCUUCUUUCUUAGCUAAAUGCAUCUCCUCAUCGAGAGGAUUGUUGUGACACCUAUGCUGCAACUUAUGAGGAGUAUCUUUUGCUUCUGGAACUUUGGUAGAGAUACCACUAUAGAAUAUCUGGUUCAAUUAUUUCAGAACGGGUUUCAAUCUUUUCAGUUUCAAAGACAGCUUCAACAUUGCAGAUCCUUAACUGCUAUUU